GGAGAAAUGGGGAAGGAAUGGAAUGGAAUAGGAAAUUCCAGUAACCUAGCUAAAUCCCGACUGUGACGUUACAUAAACCCCUUUUGUAGAAAACUCUCUAUCAUUUGGUAUUUGUGUGAUCUCUUUUGUUGCUGUUUUUGUUUUCAUUUUCACUCUUUCCUUUGGAUGUGCCUCUGCUGUCCAUCAUUUUGCUUUUCUACCGCUUCUGCUGCCACAGCUGUUUUCAUUUCUAUUUCAUUUUUUUUCCCUUUUUCUUUUUCAUAUUGUAAGGUACCUUGGUAUUUUGGUGGCUUAUGAAAAGAAGCUGAGGUCCUUCCCUUUUCGGUUUAAGGUCCUCCCCAUUUGCUUUUAGCCUAAUUGCAGUGCUCUUUUUGCCUUCCACGUACGUUCCAUCAUUCAUUCAGACUUCAGAGAUAUACAAGGUAAAAACCGACUUAUCUUUUUUGCAUUGUGGAGCUGGCAAUCAAGUACUGAAAAACUCUCUUAGGGGUGGCUUUUCAAAAUUUCAGGUUCAGUUACCUUCUGGCUUCUAUAUUGCCAACCAUAUUAAUUAUUAAGUUUCCCUGCGUUGGUCCUAUUAAUUUACUUCUCUAAUACCCCAACCCUUGUCUCUCAUCUUUUAAGGUUUUGAACUCCUACCCUUCUCUCUUUGAGAAAAUGAGCAGCUCCCCAAAUUAUGUUUGUUGCCACAGGAAUAGACACCUUAUUGUUUCCUUGAUGUUUCUCCUUGUUUCAAGCUUGACCCAAGUUAGAUUCAUGGCUGCAGAAGGGAGGUCUCUUUCCAGGUUACUUGAGGUUGCUCAGAAAGGAAUUGAAGAGGAGAAGACGCUGGUGAUGAGAAGUCUGAUUGGAUCAAGGCCACCAAGGUGUGAGAGAAGGUGCAGUUCCUGCCCGCGAUGCGAGGCAAUUCAAGUUCCUGUUACAACUCAAGUACCUGCCCGCCAAUACUCAGCUGCAAUACUCUCAAUUUCUUACUCUAGAGGCGAUGACGUCUCCAAUUACAAGCCCAUGUGUUGGAAGUGCAAGUGUGGAAACCGUAUUUUCAAUCCUUGAUUGAAGUAAAAAUAAAACAAUGUUUAAUUAGUGUAAAAAAAAAAAGCACCUCCUUUUCAACCGUGGAUAAAAUGACUUUCAAUUCUAUUGCUCGUAGUCUUUUUCACUCUCCUCUCUUGCAUGGUAAAGAUACAGGUUGUACAAAUGUAUACCUUUGUCCACUAUUUGUUUUCUUACAGUUUAACAGAAACAGAUACCUUAACUGGAAAGUGUUACUAAAUCUUCAUCGUCCCUCAAAGUUUAUUUAUUGUUUUUGAAAAAGUUUUU